ACAAAUGAAAAUUAAGGUUUUGGAUAGGUACACUGAAAUACUUGAGGACUUCAAGAAAGAUCCUCAAAGUCAUGGAGGGCCCCCUGAUGGCAUUCUUCUUUGUCGCCUUAGGGAGCAAGUGCUUAGGCAACUGGGAUUCAGAGAUAUAUUUAAAAAGGUUAAGGACGAAGAGAAUGCAAAGGCUAUAUCCUUAUUUGAGGAUGUAGUACAUCUAAAUGAUGCUAUUGAGGACGAAGCUAAGCGUGUGGAGAACUUGGUCAAAGGGAUUUUUGCAGGAAACCUAUUUGAUCUUGGCUCGGCACAGCUUGCGGAGCUGUUUUCAAGGGAUGGUAUGUCUUUUCUAGCUAGUUGCCAAAACCUCGUUCCUCGACCUUGGGUUAUUGAUGACUUGGAUACUUUCAUAACAAAAUGGAGCAGAAAAUCAUGGAAAAAGGCUGUAAUUUUUGUGGAUAAUUCCGGUGCAGAUAUUAUUCUGGGCAUUCUUCCAUUUACGAGAGAAUUACUUCGUCAUGGGACAAAGGUUAUUUUGGCAGCUAAUGACUUACCUUCUAUUAAUGAUGUUACUUACCCUGAGUUGGUGGAGAUAAUAUCCAAGUUGAAAGAUGAGCACGGGAAGCUUGUGGGUGUUGACACAUCCAACCUUUUAGUUGCAAAUUCUGGAAAUGAUUUGCCGGUUAUUGAUCUUAUGGGAAUAUCACAAGAGCUUGCAUACUUGGCUAGUGAUGCUGACCUUGUCAUUCUGGAAGGCAUGGGCCGUGGUAUAGAGACAAACCUAUAUGCUCAAUUCAGAUGUGACUCCCUGAAGAUUGGAAUGGUAAUGCCUUAUUUACCAGAUGCGCAAGCCAAACCCACCCACCCUGCCCAGACCUCUUCGCCUUCUGGUUUCUACAGGGAACUAAGAAAGGACAAAAAGCAGAGAAAAACUUCCCUUUUUAAGGGGCCUUAUCACUAUAAUUGGGGGGAGGGGGGGGGGGGUGUGUGGAAAUAUUUCACCUGAUGAUUAUAAUACUGAUGAACCUCGGCCCUUCUUUUUUCUGGUGUUUUCAGGUGAAGCACCCAGAGGUUGUUGAGUUUCUUGGAGGAAGGCUUUAUGAUUGCGUGUUCAAAUAUACUGAAAUCUUGGAAUAGAUAUGUAGUUAUUGGCUACUUAUAUCCGACAAUUAGGCACACCCAACAAACAAAAGAUUCUUGUAAAACUAUUUAGUAGAUAUCACUUGCAAGAUCAAGGCAACAGACUAAAAUUAUGGAAGAAAUUUUGGAAAGCCUUUUAUCUGUUGCUAUUGUAAACAUGUGAGAGCAGGGUAUGCCAACUAGAUUAUAGUUGUUCUACGCUUAGUGGUAACUGGUACGCUACAAGAAGUAGUAUGUUAAUUGACAGUUGGAUGAGCA